AACAAACAGAAAAAAUCAUAAAUGGAAUAAAUAAAGCAGUGAUGGAAUUUGAUUAAUGUUCAGGAAUUGUGCAGUUGCAGAACAUUUUAGCAGUAGACUGUCUGAAUGGAAGAGACAUUUAUUUUUUUCCGCAUCAUUCUCCGAGUUGAAAGGAUGAAGUAUGUAGUUAUUAUGGACGGUUUGAAUUUUAUCCAAAAACAUUGAGACUGGCUGAUUUUCUUUGUGGACCAAUUUGGAUAAUGUAGGGAUGGAACAUGGGAUCAUAUUAUAACCAUGGAUAAAAUACUGUCCAAAAACAUGGAUAGUGAUCUUGAUACCGGAUAAAAGUAGAUCCAGUAAUAUAUUUAUGUGGUAAUCGUUAUUGAAAUGAUUGAAAUAGAAAAUUAAUUAUUUCUUUUGCUUUGAAAUGGAAAACUGAUUAUUUUGCACUUUUUUGACAUUCCUCUGUAAAGAGGAAGCUAUAUGAAAUGGAUUAUUGAAAUAGUGAAGUGUGCACUUGAUCAUAAUUAUUAGGUAUUUACAUUUUCCGUAGAUAAAAAAAAAUAAUUGCAUUUAUUCACUGCAUGGAGUUCUCAGGGAGAAUGAAAAUUGCAUAUGAAAUGAUAGAUAAUGUGUGUUAGAAAUUCAGACAUUUUACAAUAAUGUUAAGUACAUUGAAGAGGUUAUCACUGCCAUACAGAAGGACCAAAAGUGACAACACUUUCUUUGGAAAAAGACGCUCACAUUCCUUUGUAAAUAGUCAAGAAUGGACUCUAAGUCGAUCAGUUCCAGAUUUGAAAUUGGGUAUAUUAGGGUCAGUACAGAGUGGGAAGUCAGCAUUGGUUCACAGAUACCUGACUGGUUCCUACAUGCAGGAGGAAUCACCUGAAGGUGGAAGGUUCAAGAAGGAAGUAAUUAUAGAUGGACAGAGUUAUCUUCUCUUGAUACGUGAUGAAGGAGGGGCCCCUGAAAUGCAAUUUACUCAGUGGGUGGAUGCUGUGAUAUUUGUGUUCAGUUUGGAGAAUGAGAUUAGCUUCCAGUCCGUCUAUCAGUACUACCUGAAGAUGACACACUUCAGAAAUACUGCAGAAAUCCCGCUAAUACUUGUUGGUACACAAGAUGCCAUAAGUGAGAGUAAUCCACGAGUUAUAGACGAUACACGUGCUCGUAAAUUAGCUAAUGAUCUGAAGCGAUGUUCCUAUUAUGAAACGUGUGCUACCUAUGGUCUCAAUGUAGAAAGAGUCUUUCAAGAUGCUUGUUCUAGAAUAGUUCAGUUUCGCUACCCCAGUAUGCCUUCAGCUCUACCAAAUGUGCCAAGUACCCCCAAUCACUCACAACGCCCUUAUUAUAUGACCCAGACCUCGAAACCCUAUGAUACCCACAGUACAAGCAGCCAGUCAACGUCCAGUAGCGGCACCCUCGUCACGAGGAACGAUCCAAAUGUCAUAGCACAGGUACCACCAACCCCAAAAGAUAUGGGAAAGGAGGAGAAAUCUCGAGAGAAAGACAAGUCCGAGAAGAAGAAAGAUAAACACAAACAUAAAGAUAAAGAACAACCACAGGAGGAAGAGGACGAGGUUGAUUAUCCACAUUCUACCCCGCUGUCGUCUCGUAAAAGUAAAAAACAGUCGACAGCUGUCCAGAAAUCUAACUCGUUCAGUCCGCAACAAGCGGAGAAAAAGCAAAGUCCAGCCACACAGAAACUUCUUAAACUGAAGCGAUGCGGCAAACAGUUUAUCUACAAGUCCGUUACUUCACGGAUAAAAUCGCCCAUGCAGUUCUGGAUAAGUCAGGCUUUACAACAGACCACGCAUGAAUACAAAGCCAUUUGCGAUAUAACACACGAAUCGGACAUUGGCAACACAGCCCAGGGCGCUACAACAAUACGGCAGUUUACACAAUCACAGACAACCCCAGUUCUAAGUCGGAAAAACUCAAAGUUUUUAAAAUCUUCUUUCUUAAGUGACUCUAAACCAGACUCUAAAGAACUUCCUACACCCACCAGUACGCCGACGCAGAGUCGUAAAAACAGACGCCGCUCAAAUCUGUUCAAUCCAUAUAGAUACCAGUCCCACCCUAUCCAGCUUAGUGUCUUCAAUCCAAAACCGAAAAAUAAAGACAAAGACAAAGAGAAGGACAAAGGUCAGACAGAGGAUGACAAGAAGCAAGAAGGAGAAAAAUUGGGCUGUGGUCGUGUCAUACCGAUCAAACAGGGCUAUCUGUACAAAAAGAGCCACGGUUUGAACAAAGACUGGAAGAAGAAAUACGUGACAUUGUUAGAUGAUGCUAGACUCACCUACCAUCCUAGUCUUCAUGAUUAUAUGGAGGAUGUACACGCCAAGGAGAUUCCUCUAGGUCAUGUGACAGUCAAGGUCCCGGGCAUGCGACCUCGAGGGUCAAGGUCAACAAGUACAAAUCAGGAUCCUACAAAUAAUGGAAAUAUCGCCAUGGAAAUGAAUAAUCUCUCAAUAGGAGGGAAGAACAAAGAGAAUGCAGUUGAGGAUAGAAUGACACUAGAUGAAGCAUUUGUAAUCUCUAACUCUGUAACACAAGGCAUGCCAAAUGGUGAUUUUAAUAAACUAGCUGUAAACAAUAAUGCAAAUUUAAGCUCAAAAAUAGAAACACCGAAUGUGAAGAAAAGACAUCGGAGAGCCAAAAGCGGCGGCCUCAAAGAUCCUAGUCAGGGAGAUGAUUCAGACGGGUAUGAGUUCCACAUAGUAUCAUUGUUCAAUAAACAGUGGCAAUUUGAGGCCAGUAGUCUAGAUGAGAGGGAUGAAUGGGUAGCUGCAAUAGAACAACAAAUCCUUGCCAGUCUCCAAGGCAACGAGAGUAGUGGUAAAAAACAGUCCACUACCGACCCUGCCGGAAUCCUCGCCAUUAGAAAUACUCGAGGCAAUAAUCAGUGUGCCGAUUGUGGGGCGCCAGCUCCAGAAUGGGCAAGUCUGAAUUUAGGAACUCUCAUAUGUAUAGAAUGCUCAGGUAUCCAUAGAAAUUUAGGAACACAUUUAUCACGGGUCCGAUCUCUCGGUCUUGACGAGUGGCCAUUGGACCUUAUACACGUCAUGACGUCAAUAGGAAAUACAGUAGCAAAUUCAGUUUGGGAAUUUAACCUGAAAGGUCGCACGAAACCAGCCCCGAAUGGAGCUAGGAAUGAUAAAGAACAAUGGAUUAGAGCAAAAUAUGAUAGUAAAGAAUUUUUACCACCACCACCCUAUGUAGAUAUACCUUUAAAUCAGCAAUUGAUAGAUGCAUUAGUGAGAGAGGAUAUACGGAACAUUGUACUGAUCCUAGGACAUGCCAAUGCCGAGGACAUCACUGCCCCAUAUAGUAAAGAUGAUGGUCGUACAGCAUUACAUAUUGCUGCGGCACUUGGUAACGUUGUGUUUGUCCAGUUGUUGUUAUGGCAAAAUGCCAAUGUUAAGGUUGUGGACCAUGAAGGAAGAAAUGCAUUAUGGUAUGCAAAAAGUUCGGGCUCACAGGAGUGUGUAGAUCUGUUAAUGAACAGUGGUUGUCCAGAGCAUCCCACGUUACCGCGGAGACGGGGAAGUUCUCAUCAGAGUGGGGGUAGUGGAGGAAAAACUGAUGUGUUUGAAAAGUUACCAGCAAGUGUUAUUUAGGAAUAAAAGCAGCCUGCCAGGUAGGCUCAUGUGCAUGCAAAAUGGCUUUUGGGAUUCAAGAAUUUAUUAGGAUAUGAAGAUUCCACUAACAGAAAUUAUGUGCUUAAAUUCUUGCCCAUGGAACAACAGAGCUAGGUGGUACAGGGGCUUAUAGCAAGGAUUUUUUAAAUGAAGAUGACUUUUCCUUAAUGCUCAUCAGUAGAACAGCAUGUGGAAUCUAGUGUUGUGAAACCUGGUGUUGACUUGCAGCAUAGCAAAUCCUCCACAUGUUUAUGUACUGUGUGGAUCCACCACAUGUUUGUGGACUAUAUGGGACUUCCACAUGUUCGUUGACUGUUGAUACUCCACAUGUUCAUUGACUGUGAGUUCUUCACAUGGUUGUGGACUGUUGGUCCUCCACAUGUUAAUGGACCUUAUGGGACUUCAACUUGUUUAUGGAUAGAGUGGAUUUUUCAUGUGUUUUUGGACAUUGUGGAUCCUCCAUGUGUAUAUGGACUAUGUGGAUUUAACUGUAUGAAUGUGUCUCAAUAACAUUUAUAGAGUGUACACUCAUUAUCCGUGUUAACACUCGUUAUCCGUGUUAAGUAUUUAGUGAUUUUAGUAAUUGUUAUAUAUGAAAUGUAUUUAUUUGAAUUUAAUGGAAUUGAAGUGCAAUAAAGGGCUAUAUAUAGCAUUUACCUGUACAUAGAUAUACGCAAAGGCAGUAGUAAGCCCUUUAGUGCUGUAACUGAACACAGAUAUUGAAAACUCAAUAGUUAUAGGUAAUAUAUUUACUUCUAAUUGUUAUAGGACCAUCCAUUUUAAUUUUUAUGGUACCCACAAACAGGUCGACAUGCUUAAGGCAACCAAGUAGUAUAGAUUCCUUAUUAGAUCUACUAUUAAUGUAAGUUAUAUAAUUUAUUAAUUGGGAAUAUAACAUUUAACUAGAAAUGAGGUCAUACCGAAGUAAUGUCUGUAAACUGAUGAUGUGGUGGUUUGAAAAAAUGAAAUUGAUUAUUAUAAAAAAGCAAGCCUAUUGUAAAUUAUUAGAGAGAAAAAAGUGUUCAAAGUAGUUUAAAUUAGAAAAAAAAAGUGCUUUGCGAGAUUGUGAUUUUAGCUUUAUUUAGAAAUUUGUGUUUAGGUAAGUUAUAGUACAGAGGGAUGCCUUGGCAUUCAUAGCCCGUGUACAUUUCAUAUUGACAGUAUCGUUUCUGAAACUUGAUCAGAAUUACACUCAAUUUUGAUUGUUUCUGUUUCAUUUAAGGUAUCUUGAACUAGCAGUUUUGCUUAAAUAAUUCCACUAGCCAGAGUUGAAAAUAACUGAUCAUAAAAAAUAGAACCAUGUGGUAUAUUUCCUACAAUAUAUUUGUGUAAAAGUUGUGAAUGUUGACCUUGGAAAUAAUAGAUCUGUUACAUUAUCCUUGAGUCUUGUUUUAUUAUUGUUUUUGCAUAAACUUAAAAGUUAAAAUUUU